GGGAGCAGCACUGAGGUCCCCCCCAGCCCUAUAAAGCUCCAUUUCCUCACACGGACACACAUCCCAGCUAACCUCAGCUCCGGCACAGAAGAGCUGCCCCCGGUGCAGGAUGGCAGAGCAGCAGUGGUACAAGAGAACUUUACCCGGUAACGCUUUCCUGAUCAUCUUCACCCUCCAGGUGCUGGCUGGCAUGUGCAUCAAUUCCUUCCUUGUGGCUGCAUCUUGCAUGGAGUGGUUCAAAAAGAAAAGCAUGAACUCUAUUGAGAAGAUCUUGCUGUUUCUGGGCGCCUUCAGGUUUUGGUACUUGUGCACCUCAUGGAUAUACCUCUUUAUUUCAGUGUUAUUUCCCCAGCAUCUUUUAGGCACAGGCAUGUCCCUCGCCUUUGCAAUUUUUCUGUGCUUUUUAAAUUCUUCCAACUUUUGGACUUCUUCCUGCCUCUAUGCUUUUUACUGUAUAAAAAUCGCAAAUUUCAGGCACCGUUUCUUCACCUACCUGAAAGCCAAAAUCGACAGGAUUGUGCCAUGGCUGCUGCUGAGCUCCGUGGUUCUGUCCCUGCUCAACUGCAGCCCCUUCCUCGAAGUUACUGGUGAAAAGAACACCAAUUUCACCACCCACGGGAUUUUCUGGGAAGUGAACAAAGAAAUAAGGGAACAUUUUCGCACUAUAGUUUUUAUCUGCACACUUGGGUUUUCCAUGGCGUUCAUAAUGGUAACCUGCUCUGCCUUCCUCCUCCUCUUCUCCCUCUGCAGUCACAAGCACAGGAUGCAGAACAGCUCUGCCAGGAGCCUCAGCAUGGACGCCCACAUCAAAGCCAUGAAAUCCCUUCUGUCCUUCUUCUUCUUCUACUGCAUUAAUUACAUCAUCUUGAUGUCAACAGUGUAUUACAACAAUACGAAUAACCUCCCGACGUUACUCCUUUUGGUCCUUCAAUACGCUUUUCCAGUCGUUCAUUCCCUUAUUCUCAUUUUUAGCAAUCCCAAACUGGAAAGGAUAGUGCUAAGGUUUCUGCCUUGUGCAAAGUGCAAGGACUGCACCAGGCAGCCCACCAAAACAUCGAUGCUUUGUUCUUCAGUUCAGGUCCUGCCAUCUCCAACAGAGUCCUCAGCACACUGCGGGUGA